GGCCCCCUCCCCAGCACCGCCCCCGGCCGCCGCGCCGCGCUCAGAGCCGUCCUGCCUUUGCGACAUCGCCGUAAAGCGCCAGGCGCCGGCAGGAGAUGGGCGAUGGCGGCGGCCCGGCUGUUGCGGGGCGGGUGCUGUUGUCACCGUCGCCUCCUCUCCUCGGCGGUCAGCAGCCGCCCCACGGUGGAACGCGGGGACCGGCAGGAGAGCGCGGGCCUGGGUUUCAGCCCCCCCGCGCACUCCCGUAAUGACUGGAUCGGCCCCCCCGACAAGCACUCCAACCUGCGGCCGGUCAUCUUCUACGUGCCCCCCGAGGAGUCGCCCUUGGAGCGGCGGCUGCGGGAGGCGCGGCAGGAGGCGCAGGCCUACGACCAGUGCUUCUGGGCACGGCACAACCGCGCCUUCUGCCGGGAAAAAGAAGAAUUUAUUUAUUCACGACUGAAAGCCAAGGGUCUGGAAAUGAGAGAUGAAACAGGUCAGAAAGCAACACUGAAUGCAGAAGAAAUGGCUGACUUUUACAAGGACUUUCUAAGUAAAAAUUUUAGAAAGCAUAUGCAGUAUAACAGAGAUUGGUAUAAACGUAACUUUACUAUCACAUUCCUCAUGGGACAAGUAGCACUGGCAAGAGCUCUGAGGUGCCUUCGUUGGAAGAAGAAAAAUGUUGGAAAUUAAUCAUAGCUCCGUGAAGAAUGCAACACUAACUAGGCCUGCUAUAAACUUGUCGUUUAUAGUGAUGUUCAUAAUCGGAAUGACUUGUGAUAAUUGCUUGAAUCUGUUAAAUUAUGUAAAUAAAAGUUGCUAUUGGUCUUAAUUUAUAAUCA